AUGGAUCAUGACUUUGAGAUAUUUGACUCUUCAUCAUCUGAGGAGGAGGAGGAGGAGAUAAUUUUAGCUCUUGCUAUUGAAGAAGAACGCUUGGGUAAUGAAAGAGGCUCAACAUCGCAUCGUAGGUCUAUUCCCCGGCGUGCAUUCAUUCGAAGAAAUUCGCUUGAAUGCCAUCAACGCCUCUUUCAAGAUUAUUUUUUUGAGUCCCCGACGUAUCCACCGAAUUUAUUCCGCAGGAGGUUUCGAAUGCAACGUCAUCUUUUAUUGCGUAUUCAAGCCGAAGUCGAAGCAUAUGAACUAUAUUUCGUCCAAAGAAGAGAUGCUGCUAAAAGACUGGUGAUGGACCCAAAACAGUUGUGGGACAAGGGAACAUUGGCAUUUGUUGGGCUCAAGAUAAAUAAAGGGGCUGGUUUGGGGUUUCGGCUGGCAGCUGCUUUUGACGUGGUCUAUGGCAUUUGCUGGUUGAUGGCUGGAGAUAGCCAUGCUUGA